AUGCUUACACUGUCAACGAACGUUCUGCGCACGGAUCGGUGUCAUCGGACAUCUGCGGACUCAAUGCAACAACAACCGGACAAUUCCACCUGCUGCCUCCGCAAACGUCCCCGUCGUCACUCCUACACCAACCUCCAUGACGGGGACCACCCCACAACCGCUGAUCAUACUUCCGAUGCCCUGACGCCACAGUCGACGUCGUCGACCCUCAUCUUCUCUAUCGUUCCUGCCAGUAUCCCCGCAACGACGACUACCACCUCUCCAAUCCGUACUACCGGUGAGAACACUUCCGGAGCCCAUCAACUACUACCCUCAUCACCAGCAAUGUGGACCUGA